AUGGCCUAAUCCAAGAAAAAGCUUGAAAAGCAUCACAUUUCCACUUUGAUUCCACCUUUGCCCCUCCGCUCCAUACGCUCCUCUCUGAAAAAAUUAUUGCUUUACAGUUCAAUUUUUAUGGAUCUGAAUUCAACUGAAAUGGACCAACACAUAGAAUAAGAUUCUUUCACUGUAUUCUUUCAUUUUAUUAUUUGCCACUGUCAACUUGAUAAACACUGUACAGAAAAGACUUCCUUCUCCUAAUCAGCGAUCCAUGGAGUGCUCAAUCAUUGAAAACAAACUAUAGGGUUCCUCAAAUUUCUAGGGUUUAUGAAAAAAAUUGUGCUCAGCUUUUGACUUCUUUUCUUUUUCUUGUUUCAAGUCUUUAGGGUUUCCUUAUUUCAGGGCUCUGCUUUUGAAAAUGAGCUCAUAGGAUCUCGGGGUUUUACUGUUUUUCAUGGUUUUUAUAGUCUUCAACCUCGGUUCUUGCAUAAAGUGCUUUUGGGUUUUCUUCAGUUUCGGUGAUUCAGCUCCAUUAUACUUCAGCUUGAUCUGUUAGUUAUAUUUGAACUGUUCUUGGUGUUCUGUCAAGGUCGCAGCUUCUUGAAUGGAUUAGUUGUUUUAGCCUUAUUAAGUACUAAGCAAGAAAAACUUCCCAUAGUAUAAGUUGUUAACCUUGUAGAAUUUUUAGCAUAUAUAGCUUCAAUUGUAAACUUUGCUUCUGUUUGGGUACUUUCCAAGCAAAGGGGUAUUGUACUUGUUGUAUGAAUAUUUCUGCUUUUGUAGAAGGGUCUGCUUUUCAAGUUUCAUUACCUGAGAAAUGCUCAUUUCCCAUGAGUUGAUCUCACUGUCCCUAGACAAUGCAAUCGAAUCCUUAAACUCAUCUCCAAUGGAAUCAAGCCUUGAUUUUCCUGGUGAGAUGCCAUUGGAAUCUGACUUGCUAGAUUUGCCGCCACUUCCCACCAAUUGCACUGAUGUGAAUGUCGUUCCUGAACACGAAAAGAACAACUUCGAGCUAUCCAUAUCAAAUCUGGAAGGAGAACUUGCACAGUUGAGGCAGAAGGAGAAGUCACUAAACAAGAAGCGUAAAGAAGCAUUAAAUAAGAUAUUGGACAUUAAAGGCUGUAUUAGAGUAUUUUGCCGAGUGAGGCCAUUCCUACUGACAGAAAGGAGAAGAACUCCCGAAGCCGUCUCAAUUAGGUUAGAGAAGGUUACAGUUAGAUCUGUAGGAAAUAAGAAGGAAUUCGGAUUUGACAAGGUUUUCCAUCAAGCAGCAACUCAGGAGGAUGUUUUUGUUGAGGUUGAACCAAUCCUAAGAUCUGCGGUUGAUGGAUACAACGUAUGCAUAUUGGCUUAUGGUCAAACUGGGACUGGCAAGACAUUUACAAUGGAUGGCACAAAUGAUCAACCUGGGAUCAUUCCUCGGGCGCUAGAAGAGCUUUAUCAUCAAGCUUCUUCAGACAGCUCAUCUUCUAUAUCGUUUUCAAUGAGCUUGUUGGAGGUUUACAUGGGGAACCUGAGAGAUCUGCUGGCUCCAAAAGCAAAAAGAUGCAAUCUCAACAUCCAAACAGAUCCAAAGGGAUUGGUGGAAAUUGAGGGUUUGACAGAGGUCAAGAUCCCAGAUUUAGCAAAAGCAAAAUGGUGGUACACCAAGGGGAGACGGGCUAGAUCUACUGCAUGGACCAAUGUGAACGAGACAUCAAGCAGGUCGCAUUGCUUAACAAGGAUCAACAUUUCUCGACAUGGAGAUAAAAUGAAAGUCAAAGCACCAGUAAGCAAACUGUGGAUGGUGGAUCUUGGAGGUAGUGAACGAUUGCUGAAAACAGGGGCCACAGGACAGACACUUGAUGAAGGACGGGCUAUAAAUCUCUCUCUUUCUGCUUUAGGUGAUGUUAUUGCUGCUCUUAGAAGGAAGAGGGGCCAUGUGCCUUACAGAAAUAGCAAGCUAACUCAAAUUCUCAAAGAUUCUUUAGGUGACAGUUCAAAGGUUUUAAUGCUAGUGCACGUAAGCCCUCGUGAAGAUGAUGUCGGAGAGACUAUAUGUUCUUUAAGCUUUGCAAAUAGAGCAAGAGCGAUUGAAAUAAAUGGAGAACUGCCAGAGGAAAUUAUCAAGCUAAGGCAGAAAAGGAUCUUGGAGCUUGAAGAAGACAUGAGAGAAGCUGAAGAAGAGUGCCAAAACGUUAGGAAUCAAAUACAAAAGGCUGAGUUCUUGUUAAGCGAAAACAAAAAACUUCUAUUAACAAAUUACCCGUUUACUGAGGACAAGGAAAAGACACCUGUGAGUGACAAAGAAGAUGGUAGGACAGUAAAUAGAACUCCUUUAAUUACUGAAAAUGGAAAUAGGAAUUCUCUCCCUAGAUUCAUGACGUCUACUGUAGCUAGUCGCCAAAGGCAAAAUGCUGCCGAGAAGGAGAUAGUCAGAAAAGCAGGAAGUUUGAGACCAGGGACAAAAAGUUCAGUCCAAUUUUCUGGUUUUCACUCUCUCAGUUUUUCAGAUAUUCGUCUCAAAUCAAUUUUACGGGAUUCAAACAGAAAAUCUGGGUAUGGUGAGACAAAAACCAUCCUUAAAGAGAAUCUCAAAUGCAAUAGCUCAGAUUUGAAGAUACCCUUCUUGCCACGAAGCAAGAUGGUUACUGCAUCUGAUCCGAAUUUGAGAACUACGCUUAGUCGCCAUCGAAGAAGAAUGUCUGAUCUGAACUGAGGAGAAACAAGUCCCAUUUUGGUGAUGUUUUAUUAAUUAUUAUUAUUAUUUUGGUCUGCUAACGUGUGUAGUUGUGCUGUUGUGCUUGAGAUUUCUUUUUUGAUCCAAAGAAGCUUUUACUUGUGUGUCAUAAUGUACUGUGGUAAGAGUUGAGUUGCUUAAGCUUGUCGGGAUCUGUUAGUAUUAUUUACAUGAUCCCUGUGUCAUCACAUGGGUUGGA